AUGGCGGUGGCAGAUGUGAAGUUAAAUUCACCAACUCAAACAAACAGUCAAAGUGUUGUUGUCAAUGUCAAAGACAGAGAUGUUGAAGUGGGGAAACCAUACGAAGACGAAGAUGGUAUAACAAUUGUUCCUGUAAAAGAACCAACAUAUCCUGAAGUUAGCAGAGACUUAAGUUCUGUUGCAGAUAUUCGAAACGACUACCAACAACUGAAAGACAAACUUCAAACUCAGGAGAAGAUUUGUCAAGCUUUAAGUAUAAUGUUAAACUUGGUCGAACACAACCCUGUAA